CCGGUGCGGGGCUAUGGCGGCAGUUUGGAUGCUGAAGCUAAAAUAUUUACAUAAUGUGCUACUUUCAAACACGUUAUGAUGCCAGAGAUUGAAACUGGUAAACCCACUUCUGGAACCGAAGAGGGAGAAGCCAAAGGCUCAAUCCAGCACAAGCAGAUAUCAUCUGAUGUGGAAACAAAUCCACAGAGCCUUACAUGUGAGGCUGAGAGAGGGAGCACAAGCCAGGUAAAAGGGACUGAAGUCACAGCAGAGGAUGGAGCCGGGGGCUUGCAGUACCCUGAAAGGGGUGACUGCCCCCAACAAGGUCAAGGUUCAUUUCAGGGCCACAUUUCCCCUGUGAAUUGCACAGGUGAUGGAACAAACAGCAGCCUCUCAGCAGAAGACACAGAGGUCGUUCCCUCUGUCUGCGAUGAGAACCAGGAGAAGCCAGAGCAGAAGGACCGAAAUAUUGUUAUGAAAGAUUUGGGGAUCACCAGCACUGCAUUUAUUGGGCCUGUGUGUCGGCCAGUAGAGUCUGAGCCAGCACCUGAAGUGGACAUAGAGGACAAACUGAGUGAGUUUUACAAAGAGCUUGAGGAGACUGAAUCGGGGGACUGCCUUGACGGUAGUGCCAACAGUGGGAAGAGAGACUCUGAAUCACGUCAACCACAAAACCCGCCCUGGCCGGAGGAAGAACGUUUUAAUACCAGCAGAGACACCGGGUCUUCGCGUGGGUCUCGUCCGUACCGGUACCACCACCGUGAUAACUGGCGCCCCAAGAGACACAGACCCAACUUUCAACAAGGGCCAGGCUGGGGCGGGCCUGACCCACCUUUCUACCCAGACCAAUGGCAGUACCCUCAGGGUUUCGGGGAUCCGCAGGGUCCCCCUUACCACAGCUUCCAUAGACCUCCCUACCAUCGGCCACCUGGUCCCCUCCCUCCCCCUCCACCCCCUGGAUCUUUCUACCCUCCAGAUUUCAGGCCAGAAAUGAAUGAAUAUUAUGACUAUCGUGAGAAUGGAAACCAUUGUCAGUGGGAGGAUUCACACUUCCCAGCAGACUCUGGGUAUCCAGGUUAUGAUAGUUCAGGGGGUUACGAUGCCUCUCAGGGCUAUGGUGGCCCCCCCUAUCCCCCGAAUGACUUUGAUUACCGCAGAGAGAGCCAUGACACUAGUGUCUCCGACUGUAGAGAAGGAGGCUGGUCUCAGCCUUAUGGGGGCUCUGAAUGGCAUCAGAAUUAUGAUUCAGCAUCGGAACCCCGCCCACAGCGUCACCAGGAGGAGGAAGGUCUCUGGCCACCAGGCUCAGACUGUGACUAUCGUCCUAACUCCCUUCUGGUUCUGAUCCUGAUGAGGGGAGUGCCGGGGUCGGGGAAGUCCACACUGGCCAAGAAGUUGCUGUCCUCGGGUCCCAAUGGGUUGAUUCUCAGCACUGAUGACUACUUCUCCCAGGUUGAUGGCUACGCCUAUGACCCCUCCCUUCUUGGACAUGCACAUGACUGGAACCAGAACCGAGCUAGAGAAGCAAUGGAUGACGGUCGCUCUCCUGUAAUUAUUGAUAAUACUAACAUUCAAGCUUGGGAAAUGAAGCCUUAUGUGAAAAUGGCCUUACAGAGAGGAUAUAAUGUUGAAUUCUGUGAACCCGACACCAGCUGGAAACUGGAUCCCGUGGAGUUAGAGAAGAGGAACAAACAUGGUGUCUCCCGGCAGAAAAUAGCACAGAUGCUGGAGCGAUUUGAGCUGCCCAUGUCUGUGGACAUUGUUCUGAACUCUCGAGAUCCACCUCAUAAAAGUUCAGAGCGGCCGCCAGCACAGCACCUACCGAGGUAGAGUGACACUGCCCACUCCCCUGGGUCCUGAC